AUGAGUUGGGCUGCUGGAACUCAGUGUGUAGCCAAGGGGGACAGCAGGAGAGCCAAAGCUGGAGAGCUGGCCUAUCGCAAAGGCGACAUUCUCACCAUCGUUAAUUCAGCCCUGAGGAAGGGAUGUUACACAGCCAUAAACAACUCCACAGGAGAGGAGGGACUCAUCAGCUCCACCAGUGUGCGAGAGAGGGAGGCUCUGCGGGUGGAUCCCAGCCUCAGCCUCAUGCCGUGGUUCCACGGGAAAAUCUCUGGUCCGGAGGCGGUGUGCCUGCUGCAGCCGGCUGAAGACGGCCUGUUCCUGGUGCGAGAGAGCAUCCGCCAUCCUGGUGACUACGUCCUGUGUGUGAGCGUUUCGGGGGAGGUCAUACAUUACCGGGUGAUUUACCAAGACAACAAGCUGACCAUCGACAACAACCAGUACUUCUACAACCUCAUCGACAUGAUAGAGUUCUACUCAAAGAACAAAAGCUCCAUAGCGACAACACUUACGAAGCCCAAACAGAAACAAGGAGCAAAGUCAGCCGAGCUGGAGCUGUCUAAAGCUGGCUGGCUGAUGGACACUGAAAAGCUCACGCUGGGAGAAAAUAUUGGAGAAGGAGAGUUUGGCACUGUCUAUGAGGGGCGCUACAUGGGCCAGAGGGUGGCAGUGAAGAUCAUCAAAUGCGACGUGACGGCUCAGGCCUUCCUGCAGGAGACCGCAGUGAUGACGAAGUUGCAGCAUAAAAACCUGGUGCGGCUGUUGGGGGUCAUCCUUAACAAAGGGCUUCACAUUGUCACAGAGCUCAUGACUAAGGGAAGCCUGGUGAACUUCCUCAGGACAAGAGGACGCUCGGUCGUAAGCUUUACUCAACUGCUGCGCUUCGCUCUUGAUGUGUGCGAGGGGAUGGAGUAUCUGGAGUCGAAGAAGCUGGUUCACAGAGAUUUGGCUGCUCGAAAUGUGUUGGUCUCCGAUGAAUGCGUGGCCAAGGUCAGCGACUUCGGCCUGACCAAGGUGGACUGGAAGGAGCCCGACAAGGCCAAGCUCCCGAAAUGCUCCACAAAGUCAGACGUUUGGAGUUAUGGGGUUCUUCUGUGGGAGAUCUUCUCAUACGGGCGGCAGCCUUAUUCUAAGAUGGAAGUGAAGGAGAAAGUGGAGGCCGGCUAUCGCAUGGAGGCUCCAGAGGACUGCCCCCCCCGCCUGUACCUCCUGAUGAGGCUCUGCUGGGAACGGGAGCCCCGCAGGAGACCCGGCUUCUCCAAGCUAAGAGAGAAACUUCAGAGUGGACUCCUGUCUGUUUAG